UUCUGCAGUGGGGUUCUUCCAAGUUAUGCAACUCAAAGGCGUUGGAUUAGCACGUGCAUAUCCAUCCAGGUCUUGUGCUGGCUGUCGUGCUCGUUCUUUUGUAACUUUACAUCCACGGUGCUCUGCAAUCCAUGCCGGACAUACUCUGAACCAACCGCUAAAUGAACACACAAAUGCGCUAGUCAGCUUCCCAGCUGAAAAUCACGAUCUUAAUCCUCAUGGACCUUUGAAUAAUCUUACACUCGCAGUCAAGGACAACAUAUGCACAAUGCACUUACCAACAACAUGCUCGUCAGCCAUACUUCGCCACUUCAUUUCACCAUUUGACGCGACGGCGGUUCAACUUCUAAAGGCGGGAGGCGCAGAUAUUAUUGGAAAGGCUAACUGCGAUGAAUUUGGAAUGGGGUCCUUGAAUCUGAACAGCAUCCAUGGUCCCGUGGUAAAUCCGUAUCAUUCUCCAAAUGAAAAAUUCAUACCUUGGGCCGAGCGCGAACGAAGAUCGGCGGGUGGAAGCUCUGGCGGAAGUGCUGCAGCCGUUGCAGCUGGUAUGUGUGAUGCUGCACUAGGUACAGAUACAGGUGGCUCAGUUCGUCUUCCUGCGUCAUACUGCGGUAUCACGGGCUUGAAACCCUCGUAUGGCCUCAUCAGCAGAUGGGGUGUGGUUUCUUUUGCUGAUAGCCUUGACUGUGUCGGUGUGCUUGGAAAGUCCAUCAACACAGUGAAGGCGGUAUUUGCCUCGAUCUCAUCAUAUGAUCCAAAGGAUCCUACCGCAGCCACACCUCGUACAAGAGAGAGAGCAAGAGAUUCUGCAGCAUCAUUGUUAUCAACUCUGGAUAUGAACCGGUCUCACCCUGACCUCUCGUCACUUCGGAUUGGGAUACCACAAGAGUAUUUUCCUCAUGAACUUGACACCACUAUCGUGACCGCAGUCCGCAAUGUUCUAGAGCGACUGUUGUCCCUUGGAGCUCAAUUGAUUCCCGUCUCUCUUCCAUCGACACCAUAUGCAUUGAGUGCAUACUACGUCAUAGCAACCGCAGAAGCGUCAAGUAAUUUAGCGCGAUAUGACGGGGUUCAAUAUGGUACUCGUUCCCCUCUGCUUCCUGGCGCAGAUAAAUCCAAAGCAGGCAAUGUGUACGCACAUGCACGCUCAGCAGGUUUUGGAGCGGAGGUACAGAAACGCAUCCUCCUUGGCACUUAUGCACUCACAGCUGAUGCAUUCGACAAUUACUUUCUUCAAGCUCAGCGCGUCCGGCAGCGAAUCAAGGCCGACUUCGACUCUGUUUAUCGCAUCUCCAAUGCUCAACUAUCCAAUCCCUCGACAAAUCCUGAUGGUGUAGAUAUUCUCUUGCAUCCUUCUGCGAUUCGUACCGCACCUCGAUUAGACUCAGAUGCAGUCUCUGGUCUGGGUCCAUAUCUGCAGGACGUUAUGACUGUUCCCGCUUCUCUGGCCGGCUUACCAGCAGUGAGUGUCCCUGCCGGGUUAGCCGCCGACGGUUGGCCUGUUGGUGUCAGUGUCGUUGGACAGUGGGGCUCUGACGAGCUAGUGAUGUGCAUUGGCGAGGUGAUCGAGCGGAUAUCAGAUAAAAAUGAUGGUGAUUUGGGCUAGUGGCUCAUGCACUUUUCGGGCUCGAUGCUGCACAGAUGAUCUGGCUGGUCGAUCCGAGUGCAUAUACCCCUUUGCUAAUAGAUAAAUGACAUCUUCAGCAGAAGCAGAAAUAUGAGUACAUUCAUUUUGAAGACCAAAAAUUCCAUGAAAUGAAGCAGAGGUCACCUUGUUAGUGAACAAAGAAAGAUGUAUGGACGACUAUGAACGCGCAACAGGAUCGGUUAACCCCGCGGAAGCAGUCCGAACCGGAGGUAAGCGAGUUUCAAACAUUCAGGCCUACAGGGUCCUUGUCGUUCACGACAUACAUACUAGUAUUACUACAUACAGUCACAUCAGUU